AGAGGGGGGGGGGGGAGAGAGAGAGAGAGAGAGAGCACCCGGUUUCACCUCCAUCACCGCCGAGCAGCGCGGAUGAAACACCGGCCGCACUCGGAGCCGCACCAGGGGAAAAAGCCCCGCGUUCCCGCAGACUCCUCCUCCUCCUCCGCCGCCGCACCGCCGGACGGGAUGGAGGACAAAGCGCCGCCGAUUCCGCGGGAGCUCACGCAAAACCCCCUGAAGAAGAUCUGGAUGCCGUAUAAAAAUGGCCUUCCCGAAACGCACAUUUCGCAGAGAAAGGUGUGUAUGACCAACUGUCCCACCUUGAUUGUGACAGUGGGUCUUCCCGCCAGAGGGAAGACGUAUAUCUCCAAGAAGCUGACCCGCUAUCUCAACUGGAUUGGAGUGCCCACCAGAGAGUUCAAUGUCGGGCAGUACAGGAGAGAGUGUGUGAAGAUCUACAAGUCCUUUGAGUUCUUCCGUCCAGACAACGAGGAGGGGUUAAAGAUCAGACGGCAAUGUGCCUCAGCAGCAUUGAACGAUGUGCGACAGUAUCUCACGGAAGACGGAGGCCAAGUGGCGGUUUUUGAUGCGACAAACACCACCAGAGAAAGACGAGAAACCAUCAUCCAGUUUGCAGAGCAGAACGAAUUUAAGGUGUUCUUCGUGGAGUCUGUGUGUGAAGACCCGGAUGUGAUACGGGAGAACAUCGUGCAAGUGAAGCUGGGCAGCCCCGACUACACCAACUGUAACACGGAGGAAGCGGCGGAAGAUUUCAUGAAAAGGAUCAAGUGCUACGAGAACUCCUACGAGCCGCUGGACGAAGUCCUGGACAGGGAUCUCUCCUUCAUUAAAAUCAUGGACGUGGGUCAGCGCUACCUGGUCAACAGGGUGCUGGACCACAUCCAGAGCAGGAUCGUCUACUACCUCAUGAACAUCCACAUCACGCCACGCUCCAUCUAUCUGUGCCGCCACGGCGAGAGCGAGCUCAACGUCAACGGCCGGAUCGGUGGAGACUCUGGCCUCACGCCGAGAGGGAAAGAGUUUGGGAAGAAGCUGAGCCAGUUCAUCCAGACUCAGGGCAUCAGCGACCUGAAGGUGUGGACCAGUCAGAUGAAGAGGACCAUCCAGACAGCCGAGGCUCUCAGUGUGCCCUACGAACAGUGGAAGGUCCUGAACGAGAUCGAUGCCGGCGUGUGUGAGGAGAUGAUGUACGAGGAGAUUCAGGAUCACUUUCCUCUGGAGUUUGCCAUGAGGGACCAGGACAAAUACCGCUAUCGGUACCCAAAAGGAGAGUCCUACGAGGACCUGGUGCAGCGCCUGGAGCCGGUCAUCAUGGAGCUGGAGCGCCAAGAGAACGUGCUGGUCAUCUGUCAUCAGGCUGUCAUGCGUUGCCUGUUGGCCUAUUUCUUGGACAAAACGGCAGAGGAGCUGCCCUACCUGAAGUGCCCGCUGCACACCGUGCUGAAGCUGACACCAGUGGCCUACGGCUGUAAAGUGGAGUCCAUCAGCCUAAACGUGGAUGCAGUCAACACACACAGGGAGAGGCCGGAGAACGUAGAAGUGUCGCGGAUGUCAGAGGAGGCUUUGCUAACAGUGCCAGCUCACCAAUGAGGCCGUUGUCCCCCCCCCGUCCUCCUUUGCCCUUCUUUACGCACAAUGAACCUGGAAAACUCGGCAACCUCUAGUCUUUCUUCUCCACCUGUCUUUGUUUGAAUCCCCCACCACUGUUCCGAUCUUCUGUUUGUCGUCCACGUAUAUUUUAGGCAUGAUGAUGAUGAUGGUGAUGAUGGUGAUGGUGGUGGUGGUGGUGGUAAUUGACUGGAAUCCAGUUUGUAAAUUUGACACGGAUCUUGUGUCCAGAGCACGUUCUCUCAUUUUUGGAGAUUGAAUGGUAGGGUGUCUGAACUGAUGCUGUAAUCCCAAUUGUGAAGCAUUGAAAUUCGAGCACCUUUUUUUUCUGAUGUUUGUUUUCUUAUAGAUUUUUCCUGUAGAACUGAUUUCACAAUGUUAACUUUCGGCGCUUUGCUCACCUCAUACUUCUAGAGAGAGAAGUCGGGACGCUCUAAUCUUAGUUUUACAGCAUUGCGCAACUCCAAACAAAGUUGGGCCUUUUUACAUUUUGCACAUAAAAUAAUCAAUUCUGUUAAUUUUCUUAUUAAAUGUCAUUACAGUUUGUUUCUAGUUUUAGGAUGUCUAACAGUAUCUAUGAAAAUCCUCACAAUACAAUUAUACUUUUGUUUUAUUGUUCUUUUUGUUCAAUGUGAAGGUCCUUACAGAAUAAUAUCUGAGAGGAAGUAUUUCUGUUUGUUUCUAAAUAAACUCACCUCAACCUUU